AUGGGCGCACCUCGCCGGGCAGUAGCUUAGUCUCUACCUACAAGACAACACACACAUUAAAUGUUUCCUAUAGUAACAAUUAACCAAUUGUACAUUAAUCUUAUUUAAGGGAAACACACGGAGGAGAGGAGAGAGAGAGAGACAGAAAGACACUCCACCCUCUCCGUACUACACGUAUCUACACGCAAGCUCUAUUUUUGUAAUAACGCGCCGUAAAUUAAAAAAGUAGUGUGUGCUCACGCCGUGCGAGGCAACGCGGUGAAGUUCGUUAAGAAUCGUACGACCGUUGGAGAGAUAGGAGGAAAAGCGCCGUUCUCUGGUGGAAAAAGUAGCGCGCGCGCGAGAGAGAGAGAUAGCGAGAAGUGGUGCGCGGGAAAACGAGACGACGAAGGAAGAAGAAGAAGUGAGAACGAGGAAGCGGCACAGCGGAGUAUCGAGGGAAAAAGGAGCGGCCGCAACGUGCGGGUGUGUGUGUGUGUGUGUGUGCGUGCGUGCGUGCGUGCGUGCGUGCGUAUGUAUGUGUGCGGUGCGUGAAGCAACGGCUAGUUGAACCGACGACGGUUGAUCGUCGGACGAAGGCGAAGGCAACGUCGACGUCGGCGCCAAGAGUGAGCGUGGCGCGAGAGGACGCCCCGCCGCUGCUUCCGUUCUCCGCGGGAACGGGCCGACUGGGAGAGAGAAAUUGGAAGAAUCGUCCCGGCGACCUACGGGCGGUUAACGUGCCGACGCGACGCCGCCUCCGACGCUCGGCGACAGUGGCGGCCGGGCAGCGGCGGCAUCGCGCCUGAAACGAUUGUCCCAUCAGUGCCGGCGGUGAGCGAGGAAACUCGUCGCGCGGUGUUGCAGUGCGGCAAGAAGUAACGACGUCGUCGGCCGCGGAACGGACGAGGACGUGCUGCGAAGGAACGGCGAGAACGAGGAAACGCCGACGAACCAGUGGAGGAGGAGGCGGCGACGGAGGAGGAAGAGGUGGAGGAAGCGACGGCUGUGCGGGAGGUAAAAAAGGAGGUGGUGGAGGAGGGAGGAGGAGGUGAAGGAACCAGAGUGGCGGCGCGAAAGCGACCGGCGGCGACGGCUGACGGUGGUUUUUAGGCUGCGCAGCGUCGCGCCGGCGUAUUUUGUUAUUGUUAUUCUCUCAUCGACGGCUGUGGUGGCUCGGUAUCGUCCACCGACGACGACGUGACGGAUUCCUCUACUCGCUACAGUAACAGCCGCAUCGCAACCAUGUCUGUGAGAAUGGAAAACGUGGCCGCGCGGAAGAUCAAUUAUAAAAUGAUGAAUACGAAUGGACCGAGGCCGACGUAUGUGGGCGCCAACAACGGUAACGCCGGCAGCGCCGGAGGCGGCGGAGGCGGCGGCGGUGGUGGUAGCGGCGCCGCUAAUGCAGGCGGCGUCGGCGUAGGACCUGCAACCGGCGCGGGUGGCGGUGGCAGUGGUGGCGGUGGCGGUGGCGGUGGCCACGGAUUGAAGGGCAACACGGGCGGUGGACCGCGCGGCGGUAACCCGGUGCAGUACCGCGCGAGCGGUGGCGGUGGCGGCGGAGGUGGUGCGGCCGCCUGGAGUACGGCACCGUCUCACGCGGCUGCGGCCGCGGCGGCAGCAGCAGCAGCCGCGUAUCCACCUUACACGCGUUAUCCGAGUGCGGCAGCAGCGGCAGCGGCGGCCCCCGCGGGCGGGGGCGGUCCUCAGCAGCUACCGGCAUCCGCGAAUCCUUUCGUCACCGCCACGUACGCGCAGCACGCGACGUACGGUGGACAACGGGUGCCUACAGCUUCAUCUCCAGCAAAUACUAACAGCAGCUCCAGUAGUGCCACCGGCAGUCAAAGCGGGACAAUGAGCACGAAUCUCAGCAACAAUGCCAUGCAGGGUCAACAAGCAGAGCAGUUGUCUAAAACGAAUCUAUACAUCCGUGGCCUCAACCAGAAUACGACUGACAAAGACCUCGUUAACAUGUGUUCUCAGUAUGGAACUAUAACUUCCACCAAGGCGAUUUUAGACAAAAAUACAAACAAAUGUAAAGGUUACGGAUUUGUAGACUUCGAGUCACCGAUGGCGGCAGAGGGUGCUGUGAAAGCACUGGUCGCCAAGGGCAUCCAAGCGCAGAUGGCGAAAGUGGGUAUCUGGUUGCUCCGUAGACUGGACAGUGUUAUGAAGUGCAUUCGGGAGCCAGUCUUAAGAUUCAGACAAAACGGGACCUCAUGUUUGCAACAGGAGCAGGAUCCCACUAAUUUGUACAUCGCUAACCUGCCGCUGACCUUCAAAGAGAACGACGUCGAGGCAUUACUCGCUCAAUACGGACAAGUUAUCUCUACCCGUAUCCUGCGCGACACUUCCGGCCAGAGCAAAGGAGUUGGAUUCGCAAGAAUGGAAUCCAAAGAGAAAUGUGAACAAAUUAUACAAAUGUUUAAUGGAAAGGCACUAACAGGCGCAAAGGAUCCAUUAUUAGUUAAGUUUGCUGAUGGCGGAAACAAAAAGAAAUCGUUGUUCAAGAGUACAAUAUGGAGAGAGACUGGAGAGAAUAUGACUUUGAACUACGACACAAGCGGCGUUGGUCAGAAUGGCGUUGCUACAACUCACAUGCUUCCCACGACAGCUCUGACACAGUACAGUCGUCACUACAGUCAAGCAUUGCCUGGUUACAGUGUACCGGGCACUCCUUGGGUGGCUCCUUACCUCGUGCACCCUUCCCCGCCACAUAUGCAACAGGUCGACAUGAUACCAUCGGCUGAUCCUAGUAAUCCACAAUACAGUAUGAUUCCUCAACUUACCACGCAAAUGUCUACCUUGCAUCUUGGCACUGGUUCCUACAUAGCGAGCCCGCAUCCUUAUCCUUACACAACUUAUCCCGCUCCUAGCAUUAUUCACACCAUGCCACUGGGCGAGUCGGAGCAGACGAGUAACGCAGCGUCCCCCGACGACUCCUAUCAGCAGUACCAGGCUCAACAGCCUAAGUAGGCCACGGUUUAUAAUAGAUAUACGAUCGCGCUAAGGGUUACGUGAAUUAGGAAAGGCUUACUGAUUGACUUAUGAAGAUAUGCGCAGAAGGAAGGCAA